AUGAAAGUUCAGAAAGCUCUGGAUGGAAUUGGACAGAAAGUUGCUGAAAGCAUUAAGAAUAAAUAUGGCGAGGAUGAGAGUUACACUUCAGUCUGGGAUAGCACUAUGUCUGAGCUGAAAUGCUGCGGAUAUAACAACUACUCUGACUUCAUGGGCUCUCCAUUUGAAUCUACAGCAUCAUUAUAUCCUGUCACAUGUUGCAGAAGCAGUUCAGGACCAUGUAAUGAAAAUGAAGCAAAAAGAGCGUCUGUCGUGGGCUGUUUCAAUGCAUUAGUGAAUCUGAUCGAGGAUAAUGCAGUUCUGCUGGCUGGUGUGGCUUUGGGAAUCGCCGCUUUAGAGAUUGCAGCAAUGGUCGUUUCUAUGAUCCUCUACACGAAUGUAGGAAAAUGA